AUGACGUGCCAUGAUGCCGUCGUCAAGUCGUCGCCUGCGCCUGAGGCGGAGGCAGUGGCUGCCACCCCCCCGGCGCCCACUCCCUCCUCCCGGGCGCCGACGACCCCUCGUGCUCCCCAUACGCCGGCUCUCAAGGAUUCUGUGGCAGGACCUUCACAGUGUCAUUCAUCGUACUUGUCGGUGGAGGAGUUGGAUCCGAGGGUAGUGGACUCGAGAAGCCCAGUCCUUAGAACCCGGCGCUGUGAGGCGUUGGGGACUCAGGGACCUACAGUUUCCACUCCUUCUCUGGCAAGUGCAAUGGCGAAGGGCAUUGUUGGGGAACUGCCUGCUCGUCAACUUGCUGGCACUUCCUGCUGCCUCCGCUGCGCUAAGCAGCUCAAGAAUGGAGGAAUUUUCUGCAGCCGCUCAAGUCUAAAUUCGCGCUGUUUCCGUUGCGCAAAGAAUAACGACUCGUGCCUUCCUGUGCCAAUGCAGUACAGGGCCAGGCUCUCAAGCCUCCAGGUGUUGGCGGACUCUGUCAGCAUCGGGGAGGUCCCCCUGGCCCAACUCCAGAAGGAAGCGCAUAAGUGGGUCUCCGAUGUAGAGAAACACCUCAGAGUAACUAUUCCCAAGAAAAAGGGGGUAGUUGGCGCCGCCAGAAGCGCCACGGAGACUGUGCAGCUGCUGGAGAAGAUCUCACUUCAGAUGGAGCAGAUGACUCAGAUCCUCUGCCAGAUGGCAGGAGUACCCGUGCCCCCCGUCCCCGUCGCUGAACAGGAGUUUGGAGGAGGAGAGGUGGUGGAAAAGUGA